CUUAAAUCUACUGCGCAUGCGCACACGACUGAAGGAAGCGGGGGGCGGGUUUGUUAUUGCGUGACGCAGAUGUUUCGUGUCGCGCUCCUCCGGAUGAGAUGGCUCUGACAUCAUAACACCGACAGCUGUUCAGUGACCUUGAAUCGGUCCACGGCGAGACAACGCCAUGGGGAACACGAGCAGUGAGAGGGCUGCGAUGGGCCAGGGGGAGAAAGCCCAGCGGAGGGACAGCAGAGGCGCCAAGGAGGGGGAGAGGCCAAAGAUCCUGAUGGACAGCCCCGAAGAUGCAGACAUUUUUCACGGUGAAGAUAUGAAGGCUCCUUUGGAGAAGGAGGAGUUUCUUGCGUGGCAGCAAGACUUGGAGGCAGAAGACAAAGGGCCUACUCUAGACCGACCAACAGUCUUUCGCUGGACUGGAGAUGGCAAGGAAGUCUUCCUCUCCGGGUCCUUCAACAGCUGGGCCAACAAGAUUCCCCUGAUUAGAAGUCAAAACACCUUCGUGGCCAUCGUGGAUCUGCCGGAGGGGGAGCAUCAGUACAAGUUUUAUGUGGACGGCCAGUGGACCCACGACCCAGCCGAGCCGGUUGUAACCAGCCAGCUCGGCACAGUCAACAAUAUCAUUCAGGUGAAGAACACCGACUUCGAGGUGUUCGAUGCUCUGAUGGUGGACUCGCAGAAAUGCUCCGACAUGUCAGACCUCUCCAGCUCUCCCCCCGGGCCGUAUCAUCAGGACGCCUACGUUCCGAAACAGGAAGAGAAGAUUAAGUCUCCACCCAUUCUCCCACCACACUUGCUCCAAGUCAUCCUCAACAAAGACAAUGGGAUCUCUUGUGACCCUGCUUUACUCCCAGAGCCCAACCAUGUCAUGCUCAACCACCUCUACGCCCUGUCCAUUAAGGACGGGGUGAUGGUGCUCAGCGCGACACAUCGCUACAAGAAGAAGUAUGUCACCACCUUGCUAUACAAACCUAUCUGAUCUGAAGUAUUCUCAGCUCUUAUCCCAGUGUGUGAACUGUACACUGAGUGAACAAAAUAUUAGCUCCACCUGCUAUUGUUGUUUAUUUUUCCCCUCAGUAAGCAGAGAGUGAAUUCGAGCUCUUAUCAGUCAUGGCUUUGAUAGCUCCACGUCCUGGUUUUGAAGCUCGGCAGCUCUGAAUGAGGUGGAGGAGGGAAGAUUAAAGAUUAACAUUUAACAUCAAGUCAAAUUCAAGAAUAGCGUUUAGUAUAGGAAUAACCUGUAAACGAUGAUUAAAUUACAACAAGAUUAGAUGAAGCAGACACGUGAACAGUAAAAAAUCAACAGAUUAAUGUACAAAUCAGCUUUAAGACUUGAGUUGAAUAAUGACAUCGUGUUAUCCUUUCUGAACGCACAGCUCUGAGACUAUAUCUUGUACACUCACUGUAUCCCCAGCUGUUGCACACAUCUGUUGAGGACAAUCGAUUCGCCACUCGGGUUAUUACAAUCAUUUAACAAUCGGCCUCAACUCGUUCGCGGACUGCCCUCUGUAGUAAAACUUUGUCUGCUAGACAUAGAGAGGAAGGAACAAUGAGGUGGGACACAAUGACGUGUCUAUAAUCAAAGCAAACAUAAAUGUGGGGAGUGGAAUGGGGAAAAAAACGGACUGAAAGACCUCAGAUUCGUGAGGCUGCCGUCGUCUCUGUUCCUGUGCUUGCAAAUACGACAGAGGUGCAAACGAGACUGUGAAUGUUAAGGUGAAAGAAGGAAAAACAAAAAACCAAUGCACUGCAGUUUGUCCACUGUUUCCUUUUUUGCCUGUUUAUCUUGAAAUAGUUGAGUUUUUGAUCACAGAGCACACAGUAGAUUUUUUUCUAUUACUUGUGAAGUAUUCAGUUAUAUAUAUAUAUAUAUUUUUUUUUUUUUUUCUACUUUGGUUGACGUGGUUGUCAAAUGUUCUCUUUAAUAUAGUUGCAGUGUUGUGGUCAUCACUAUUCCAGUCAAGUGUCCUAGCAGAUUGUUAGUUAGGACUAAGACGACCUAGUUAAAAGCAGAACAAUUUAUUAAGUUAUUAUGGUAAAUUCAUUUGGUCUGAACUUUAGAGUUUUAUGUUAGUUUUGCACUAUGAAUAUAAUUUUUUUUCGUAGAAUGUAUACACAGUGUUCGCACGCUGAUCGUCCACGCCGUUCGGCUCGGUGCACAAAAUGACAAUGUGUCGCAAGAUUAGUGCUCACACUUUUCGAAAAUCUGGGCAGGUUAAGUAGUAUUUGCACUGAUAUACCAUUGCACUAUUGUACUAAUAAUUUUCUAUCUUUUAUGCGAUGUGAAUCCGAAAUUUAAGACUCGCACCAUAGAGCCGAUCCCUGCCCUCAGCUAAUAUGGCAUAAUUAGUUUUGUGACAUGGAACAUUGCUAUUCUUCAGUAGACAGUUUCUAUAGAGUGAAGCGUCAGAGGAAGAAUUGAGGUUAUUGGGGGAAAACAAGACAUAACAAGAUUUGAGUCAUUGGAAGAUAUUUGACAAUGACAACAGUAGGUGAGACACAAAGUGACCAACAUUUGCUUGAAGAACCACAAAAUUGACUAAAGGGACCAACAUAAAACCAUGUAACAGACUGGAACUGUUACCGAGCACUCGCACGUACGCGUUGCUUUAGUGCUGUUAUUUGAUGUUGGUGUAAUUAUCACAACAACAACAACAACCAAUAACAGUUUCCUGCCCGGGACACGCCAAAAAGACGGCUAUUUCGUGCUAACGUGCCAGGCUAGCUGUCCGUGCAAUGCUAAAGUGAAGUAGGAAUCAAACUCCAAAACCAGACAAACGCUCACAAGGUUCACCAAUCGCCGCUGCCUCCUCUCCCCAGGCUCAUUUUGUCGUUAAAUGUCCGACCUGUAUUUACAGAAAUGUGUACAUUUGUUUUGAAUUUGUCUGAAUGCGAUUUGAUUGGCUGGUGCCCGCGCUACCGCUUUAAAAGUUGUUCUUUCAUCAACACCUGCCCCGAAACGGAACCACAAUGCAGUUCGGGUUCGCAAUGAGCGGCUUCACCGUUGAAGCCUCAAUCGCAUACUUGUGAGUACUCCCUUACUUAAGAUCUGUGUUAACGUUUUUGUAUUGUUAUUGGUCUCGUGAAACUCUGAAGGACUGGGCCGACUUUUAAAAUAAAACUACGACUUGAACCGUCAACAUAUCAUUGAUAAAUGAUGUUACUUAUGUGUAAUUGCCAUAAACAAAGUAGACCGUGAUGUGGAUUGUUUGCAACUAGAGGCCGGCGGAUCUCCUCAGUGAAGGUGUCCUUUGGUUUCUGUUACUGCUGUUUGUCUCAGAACGAACAUGACAAUGAUUUCUUGAUGCUUGACAUUCAAAUAAAUUGCAGUGGCAUUAAAAGAAAAGGUGCUGGUGUGUAUACAUUUUCCAAGUUGAGAGAUAUUUAUAUUAAAGUUGUUACAGUACAA